GGUGUUGAAAAAACAUCAUUCGGCCAACUCCCAAAACCUAUCAUAAGUCAGCAUGGAUUUCAAGGUUGUUUAGCUUCUUUCGAACUUAGUGGUCAAAGCGUUGACCUAAUAACAGAUGCAAUUGUGACAAGCUCAUUGGUAGAGACAGGAUGUUUUGAGUACGAUAGCUUGCAUUCAACAAGAAAAUGUCAUCAUGAAAUCUGCUCGAAUCGUGGUCGAUGUAUCCAACGACCUGAUACAUUCAUGUGCGAUUGCGACAUGACUACAUUUCGAGGGCCGACAUGCAAUGAUGAAGCGAUUGCCUAUGAAUUCAGUUCAGGCAAAGGAAUAAUUUCCUAUAUUCUACCGAAUGGUCAUAAGUCUAAACCAACAAGAGAUAUGAUAGCAGUGGGAUUCAUGACAAGUAUUAAUGAUGCUGUAUUACUGCGUAUAGAAUCUUCACGAAGUAAUGGAUAUCUUGAGAUUGAAAUAGUUCGUAAUAAUUUAAAUAACAUUUUUCAUGUGGUAGACUAUAGUUACUCGUUUGAAUAUUCAUUCGUAGGUUAAUUAAAUAUUGAAGGGCUUAAAAUGUGCUAAUAUGUGAGAAUAAUCGACUCAUAAUAAGGUUACUUGUAACGUAAAUUGUUUAUAUAUUGUAACGUUGACUUUUCGCAUAAUUAAAGCUACAAAAACCUAAAUAUAUUGUUAAAUUUGAGUAGAGAAUGUAGCUCCAAGGGACUCGUGAAUGACGAU